AUGCCACAAACCCACCCCCCAAUCUUUCCCCCCUCCCUCCUCAGCCCCGCCAUCCACUCCGCGACGCCCCCAGGCUACAGCGUGCGGCCCCUCCAGCGCGACGAUUUUUCCAGGGGCUACUUCGACUGUCUGGCCACCUUGACGUGGAUAGGUGAGCCGACGCAGCAGGACUUUGAGAAGCAGUAUGAUUGGAUGGUCGCGAAGGGGGAGGGGUGGUUUUAUAAUGUGGUUAUUGACUUUGAGGGGAGGAUCGUCGGGACCGGGGUGGUGAUUGUGGAGAGGAAAUUUAUCCACAACUUCGGCACGAUCGGUCACAUCGAGGACAUCUCGAUCGCGAAAGCCCACCAAGGCAAGGGUCUCGGCAAGCUGCUCAUCAACGCGCUGGACUCGGUCGCGCAGAACAUCGGCUGCUACAAGGCCAUCUUGGACUGCAGCCCGGAGAACGAGGGCUUCUACCGGAAAUGCCAGUACGAGAAGUGCGGGACCGAAAUGUCGCAUUACUUCGAGCCAUACAGGAGCGACUAUGAACGGGGCUGA